AAAGCACCCCCAAAGCAUGAUGCUACCAAACCCAUGAUUCACAGUAGGGAUGGUGUUCUUCGGAUGGAACUCAUCAUUCGUCUUCCUCCAAACACGGUCUUUUCAGGUCAUUGAACAAUUCCUGUCGUGUAGUCCUGGGCCGAUUCCUCACCUUUCUAAGGAUCGCUGAGACCCCACGAGUGGACCUUCUUUCAACCAAGCUGCUUGGCAGUUUCUCCGUGGCCAUUUCCAGCCGUGUGGAGGUGCAGAAUUUUGUCUCUGGUGUCUUUGGACAGCUCUUUGGUCUUGGCCACGUUACAAGUGAUAAUACAUGGAGUGGCGGUGGACCUUGAAAGGCGGACUAACGUGCCUUUGAGGGUCAGAAUUCUAGCUGAUCGACAGGGCAUGAAAGGACAUGGGAGCGUCUGGCCGGCCCAAAGAACAUCCAUCUGACGGGAUCCGCCAGAGGACGACCUGCCAAAGGACGAGCGACGAGCAGAUGCCAGCGGCGGCUCUGGCAGCGAGCGGGCGGAUUCUGAAGAAGUAAAGCGCGGCUGGAGAGGGGCCGGCUUGUAUGGGGGCCAAAUCCACUUCCAAGACAAACCUCGUGGCCUCCGUCCAUCGCCUCCGUCCUUCCGCUCCCUCCUCUUUUCCUCCCAUUCGCUUUCCGUCACUCUCAUGGGAGUGACAUAGAAGCCGGCGAGGGACCGGGGCCGCCCAGGCCGCGAUGUCGUGGAAGAGGAACUACUUUGCGUCCGGCGGCGGAGUGGUCGGCGGGCUGCGGGGGCUGGCGACCCCGAGAACCAUGACCUCCAUCGCGCCCAGCAAAGGCCUGAGCAACGAGCCGGGACAGAACAGCUGCUUCCUGAACAGCGCUCUGCAGGUUUUGUGGCAUCUGGACAUCUUCCGCAGGAGCUUUCGCCAGCUGACCACGCACAAAUGCAUGGAGGACUCAUGCAUCUUCUGUGCACUUAAGAGCAUCUUCGCCCAGUUCCAGUUCAGCAGCGAGCGCGUGCUGCCGUCCGACGCGCUGCGGAGCGCCCUGGCUAAGACCUUCCAGGACGAGCAGCGCUUCCAGCUGGGCAUCAUGGACGACGCCGCUGAGUGCUUUGAAAACCUCCUGAUGCGCAUUCACUUCCACAUCAGCGCCGAGAGCCGAGAAGACAUCUGCACGGCCAAACACUGCAUCCCGCACCAGAAGUUUGCCAUGACCCUGUUUGAGCAGUGCGUGUGCAACAGCUGUGGCGCCACGUCGGACCCGCUGCCCUUCAUUCAGAUGGUUCAUUACAUCUCCACGACAUCCCUAUGUAACCAAGCGGUGAGGAUGCUGGAGUGCCGGGAGAAGGCCACGCCGGACAUGUUUGGGGAACUUCUUCGCAACGCCAGCAACAUGGGAGACCUGCGCAACUGCCCGAGUAACUGCGGGGAGGUGUUGCGCAUCCGCCGCGUGCUGAUGAACUCGCCCGAGAUCGUGUCCAUCGGGCUGGUGUGGGACUCGGACCACUCGGACCUGGCAGAGGACGUCAUACACAGCCUGGGCACCUGCCUGCGCCUUGGAGAUUUGUUCUACCGUGUGACAGAGGAGCGAGCUCGCCAGGCAGAGCUCUACUUGGUGGGCAUGGUGUGCUACUACGGCAAGCACUACUCCACCUUCUUCUUCCAGACCAAGAUACGGAAAUGGAUGUACUUCGACGACGCCCACGUCAAAGAGAUCGGCCCUAAGUGGAAGGACGUGGUGUCCCGCUGUAUCAAAGGCCAUUAUCAGCCGCUGCUACUGCUCUACGCCGACCCCCGUGGGACGCCCGUGAUACAGCAGGAGAGCGCCGGCGCCGACUCGCCGCUGGAGCUCCAGCACUGCGGCAGCAAGGCCGGCUACGACAGCGAAGACUCGGGCCGGGAGCCGUCCAUUUCCAGCGACACCCGCACGGACUCGUCGACGGACAGCUCAAGCCACCGGGGCUGCCGCAGCCGGCCGCUGCACCAGUCCACGGGGAGCCACCUGUCCAGCGACUCCCAGACCACGGUGGUCUGCAACUACGAUCUCGGAACACCGUCGCUCGCUGCUGACAGCAGAGAGUCAGCAGUGGAGGGUCCUCCCCGGCCUCCCUCUCCCCCCCUGCAGGACUACAAGGAGACGGCCGUCUUCCUGCUCUCGUCCCGCCGGCCGCUCACCUCCUCCUCGUCCUCCUCUCGGCCCCUAUCCUCCUCCUCCUCUUCGGGGGUGGGGGGCUGCGAGAGCGGGGUCGGGGGGCCUCACUGGGAGGAUGAGAGCACCAGCAGCGAGAGCAAGUCCAGUUCCUCCGGUGGCUGCUACCGGCCCACCUGGAGGCCCCGGAGAGAAGCCCUGAACAUCGACAGCAUCUUCUCGGGCCAAAAUCAGCGGAUCUGUUCUCAGGGCUACCACACCCUGCCAGGACCUUCUCACCCGCCGCCACCCCAGCCACCUUUCCCCUGUGUCCGGGCCACCACCCCCACACCCCGAAGUUCACAACCGGCAGAGCGCAGGGAGGUCGCCGAGCCGGAGGCGAGAUUCGGGCUGGUCGGGAAGCCCAGGUCCCUGGGACGCACGUUGGGCCCCCCACCCCCACCGCCCCUUAGUGGCGUGGAGCACCAGCCUCGCCUGAUACAGAGAAUGGAGAGCGGCUACGAAAGCAGCGAACGGAACAGCAGCAGCCCUGACAGGGAGGUGGGUCAACACAAACGGCCGCUUUUGUCGGGACCCUCGUGGCGCUCGGUGCCCAAGUCAAAGAGCAGCGGCGCUAUCUUGCAGGAGCUGCCCUCGCCUCGCUGUCCUGGUGCCACCAACGCCGCCUCAGGGCGCAGCGAGCUGGACGAGCUCCAGGAGGAGGUGGCCAGGAGAGCCCGUCAGCAGGAGCAGAAGAGGCGCAAGGAGGCGGAGCAGGAGGCCGCCAUGGGAUUCAACCCCAAACCCAGCAAAUUCAUGGACCUGGAUCAGCUCCAGCACCAGGCUGUGCUCAGACCCCCGCACGAGGCCAGCGCUCCGAGCGGCUCGGCCGUAGCCGCGUGCGUGAGGAGCGCUGGCGGUCCGCUCAAAGGCAGGCAGGAACAGGAAGUGCAGCGGCGGGAGUCAGGAAGCGCCCCCCGCCCACAGGGGCCUCGCAGUGAACAGCCUGGCUCGGUCCAAGUACUGCUGACACCCAAUCAGGAGAAGGAGGAGGAGGAGGAGAAGGACCAGGCGGCCAAUCAGGACGCAGCCCCGGGCCAGGACCCCCCACCCUAUCGCCACCCGCCGGCUCCUCCCCAUCCAGCGCUCACCCUCAGCAUCCCCCACCCGUGCGCCCCCACCAGUGACAGCAGCGGUGGUGGGGUGAGGCUGUGCGAGUUGCUGCAGGCCGGGGGGGUGAGCGUCAGACCCCUGGGGAGGCACUUGGCCAUUUCCCUGCCGUCUCUCCCACUGCGCUUUUGCGAGGCGCCCGUCACGCCCCCCCCUCCUCCACCUCCUCCUCCGCCCCCCGUCACAAAGCCUAUCGCCCCCCUCUUGCAGCCUCCCCAGCCCGCCCCCGCCCCUCAGCCACGGCCGCCGUCCGACGGCACCACCCGCCACUGGUCUUGCUGGAGUUUAGAUCGCCCCGACGCCAUGGUGACGCCCUAUGACACCCCCCCGGACCGCUACGGCGCCAUCCCGGCGCAAGCGGCCAGGCCCGGUCGGCACCCCGCUCGGGGGAACAACAACUCCCAGCGUGCAUCGGAGCAACGCGGCGAUCCCGGCAGCUGCGACCACGACGAGCCGGAGCUCACAGAGCUUGACAGCCUUUACCAGGCCAGUCUGCAGGCUGGAAGGACAGGAUGCAGCCCGUCAGAGCGGCUCAUCUCCAGGGUGGGAGGGCAAGGGCGCUCCAGAACCCCCAACGCAGACAUGGAGAGGAGCGUGUUUGGGCCGGACGGCGCCAGCACCCCCACCUACCUCAACAAGCCGAUGAUGUUGCAGGGUCUGCGCUUGGGGGCGGCACCAAACGACGACGGGGACAACCCGAGGCGAAUGGGACGCAGCCUUAGCGGCACGGUGGUGGUGACCCCGCACCACGCCCGCCUGACCGCCACCCGCAGCUUUGAGUUGUCGGGCAGCGCCGGGAGUUUCUGGCUGUGUCUGACGGGGGUCAAGCUUUCCCCGGACCAGGGUCCCGCUCGGCCUCACUGAGCUCUCAUGGCGCCCCGGAUGAGGAUUAACGGACAGAUGACGACCCUCCCCCAGAACGCCGCUCACACGCAAACACACGCACGCACACACCUGCAGCGCAACAUAACACCCCCCCCCCCAGGCCCCUGCUUUGCCCCCCCCCCCUCUCCACUAUUCUGUCUAUGCAGUCACUCUUGACCCCGAACACCUCAAACUCUUCCUGUUGUUGCCCCCCCCCUCCCCUUGCGACACUUUCUCGGGGGGCGCACAGAGUAGCCACGCCUCUUCUCCUUUCUUCACGGGCAUUUCCUGGCGGACGCACACAAGUAGCAGCGGAACUGUUUCUCUAAUAGACAGCCAUAUUGUCACUUUUUUGUUUGUUUCUUGCCCGUGGCCGCGUACAAGAAACAUGUAUGAACUCUGUAUGUAAACAAAUAGACCUUAAGGAAUGUUAAUGAAUAUUCAAUAUAGAAGUGGGGGUGCACUUCACAAGUGUCGAAGCUGGACGUCCUUUGGGCCCCCCUUCUUCCUUUUGACUUUACUAGAACCCUCUCCUACAUGGAAUGACAGCUCUCCCGUUUCUACCGGGAGGUUGAACAAGAAAAGCACCGACUCCGUUAAACCUUUUACUUCCUGGCACUUUUUUUUCAUUUAAUUUAUUUUUAUGUUACUAUAUUUCCUUCCAAAUAUGAAGGGUUUGUCGUUUUAGAGUUAAUAAUGUCUCGGGUUAGGCUUUGGGCUAAGGUUGCAUACAUUAGUCGAACCCGGCACGCUUCAGGUUACAUGCGGUGGAUAUGAAAACUCUGCGGGUCUGUGCUCAUAUGCCAGUUUGAUGUGAAAUUAAAAUCAUAAAUCAUUUGGGAAAACAUUUUAUACAAUCAAUAGGACUUAGGACCUAUUUUGAAAAAAAAAAUCUAGUCAAGAAAGGAAAUGUGCAAAUCAUAAACACCUGAGAAACGUAAUUAUAUAAUACUAAUAAUAUUAUAACAAUAAUAAGUAUCAUAUAUAAUAUAGUCUGAUAAUAAUAAGAAGGGAAAUAUGUAAAUAAUAAACACCUGAGAAACGUAAUUAUAUAAUAAUAAUUUUAUAACAAUAAUAAUUAUAUAUAUAUAUAUAUAUAUAAUAUAGUAGAAGAAGAAGAAGGGAAAUAUGUCAAUAAUAAACACCAGAGAAACUUAACUAUAUAAUAAUUAUAUAAUAAUAAUAAUAUUGUCUUGUUCUUAACUUUUUGAAGAUAAAAUAAUAAUAAUUAUUAUCAGUAUUAUCUUCAAAAAGUUAAAAACAAGACAAUAUCAUUAUUAUAUUAUUAUUAUAUAAUUUAAGUUUCUAUAAUAAUUAUUAUUAUUAACCUUCAAAACUCAAGAACAAAGAUCUUCAAUUUGAAUAUAUGGUUCAAUUAUCGCUGUGUUUCAGAGAUAGUUUUCUUUUUUAAAAAGUGAAUUUACCACGGAAAAUUGUCUUUGAAAUCAUAAAAUUGUAGAAAUAUUUGUCACGAGAAUAUUUUUUUUUUAAAAAAAGGGAAAAUAUGAAGAUACAUGUUGUUAACAUUUUUCUUUCAUGCUUGCUGAACUGGGAACUUUAAAAAGUCAAAUUUGGAGACGCAUUAUGUAUGUUACAGGUGUCACUCAUGGAGGGAAAGUUUUUUGGAAUUAUUUGUCCUGCUCUUGUUUCUCUUUUUUUUUCUAAUUUAACAUCACAAAGCCCUGGGAUUUGAACAAGGGUGUGUCGACUUUUUAUAUCCACCGUUUCACGCCUAGCCCUAAAAAUUUAACAUGACUGCUAACUGUUAGAGUUAUGUCGAUCACUUUUACCAGUUAGGUUAGGGGAAACCCUGACACGAGUAGCGAUGGGGGCGACGAGUUCAGAGUUGAGCGAAUGUAGCGGAAUUAUUAUUAUUAUUAUUAGCGGAAACGAGGUUCCGACUCGAGCGCACUUUGCGGUAGUAGAAGUGCACUUUUUUUUUUUUUUCCGGGAGGGAUGCUUGACAGGAAAAGGGAUGAUUGCUUCACUUUAAAAUGGUCCUCAGGUCACAUAAAAAAAAUAAAAAUGAAAAAAAAUCUGCGAUAGACUUUAUUAUAUUUAUUAGGUCGAGACAUACAUGUUGCUUUAUACGCUGUAUUUAAGAGGUCUAUUUUCAGCCGGCGACGCGCUGAGAGAUGUCAGUUGUACAGUCAUGCCGCCCCCCACCCCCCGCCCCCCUUUACUAAAGCUACAUUUAUGAUAUGCUUUAUGCUGUGCAUUUGAAAAGGAAAAAAAAGUGAAGAAAAAAAAGAGAUUGUUGUAACAAAACCAAAGGUUGGCAUUAUGUCCCAUAGAUGUUUUUUUUAUUGAUUUUUUUUUUUUUUUUUUUUGAGGUUUCACGUCGGAAUGUAGCCCACUUGUAGCGCUUGAGUCCGCUAUGCAAGUCGAGCCUCCCCCUCGGAGGACCCCCACGAUCACUCGCCCACCACGAGGAGAUCUCACGUUUAAUGCUGCUGGUGAACUUUGUUGUUCGGCAUCGACUUACCCUCUAGUUUCAACCAAUGGAAUGCAAAAACAAAAACAAAAUGGGGGGGGGGGGGGCGAGAGAAGGAGUGAAUGUAAACUGAAGGACGAGAAUGCCAGACGAGGCUUUAAGGCGGUUUGUUUGUUUCAGACGAAAGGGGAGGGGGCGGGGGGGGGGGGCUAGUUGUGUCUUCAAAUAGGUGAAAAGAGGGAACCUGUAUUUUUGCAAUAAAGUUAUUACCAAUGCACUCUCGCAAAGGGCAUAAAUCGCCGUACGUGGUCUCCGUAGCUUUGUCUUUGCUUGACUGAAUACAUACAAGUGCGUUGAAACGAAUCUACGUUAUGACAUGAAAAUGAAUCACAUUAUAACAUGUAAUUAACGCAUUAUAAUGAGAAACAUAUCACGUUAUAAUGUGGUAGCGAUCUUUUUUUUUUUUGGUGUGGCAGAAGAAAGAGGAAAAAAAGAAGGAAAAAAAAGUUUUUAUCAGAAGUGCACUUUGUGUUGUAGAUUUUAAGAUUUCAAUUUGAAGAUGCAGUACCGGCUUAUUUUUUAUUGGAGACGAACACGGUGUUAUUCUAUCGUGUUUAAAAAGUAUUUCUCUCGGAUGACCUCACCACCCGACCCAACCCAAGCCGAUUGAAUUUUGGUGUGUUCGGGAAUCAAAGAAAAUUCACAUUAUGUGCUAGCUGCUAUACUAUUUAAUUGAUGAUUAGUGACAAUAUAGCAUUGUCCAAAUUCUAAUUGUCUCAUCAGAAUUUUUUUUUUGCUGCUCGGACUUUUCAAAAAAGCCCGCAAAAUGUAGCAAAAAUAUAGUUGGGUAUUUUACAGAAUGGAUGGAGAUAAACAUUUGGAGACGCAUGCUGAAUAAAAAAACAGAUGCUACACAUUUUAUCAGAAUAAAGUAUAUACAUUUUUUUUUAAAUACCAGACUAAAAGGGGGGAAAUGAAUUUAUGAAAUAUUUGUGUUUUGGUAAUAUAUAUAUAUUUGGAGAGAUGUUGGAAAAAAUUAUAAUGCUUGUGACUUCUUUUGAGUUUCACAAAAUUUGGAGAAAAAUGCUGGAUAGGAAUUUAAAAUAUACAUAAUUUGGAGAAUCCUGGUACAUGAAAGUCCCUCAAAACUCAAAAACAAAGAUCUUCAAUUUUUAUAAGAAUAUGUGGUUCAAUUAUCACUGUGUUUCAGUCAUAUUUUUUUAAAGUGAAGUUGCCACGGAAAAUGGUCUUUUAAAACAUGAAAUUGUAGAAAUAAUUGGCAAAUUAUUUGUGUUUUGAGAAUAUUCUUUUUUUAAAAGGGCAAAAUAUGAAGACACAUGCUGGUAACUUUUUCUUUCAAGCUAGCUGAACUGAGAACUUUAAAAAGUCAAAUAUGGAGACACAUGCUGAAUAAAAAAAAAAAGAAAUGCUACACAUUUUUUGAGAAUAAAGUAUAUGCAUUUUUAAAAAAAUAGCAGAGUAAAAGGGGGAAACGAAUUUAUGAAAUAUUUGUGUAAAAAAACAUACAUAUAUAUAUAUAUAUAUAUAUAUAUAUAUAAACUAUUUGGAGAGAUGUUGGAUGGAUAUUUUUGUGACAAAAAUUUUUGGGUAAUUUUGCAGAAUAAAUUUCUGAAAAUAUUUAAAGAAGAGAGGAUUAACGAAAAACGCUUGUGACUUCUUUUGAGUUUCAAAAAAUUUUGGAGAAAAAUGUCGAUAUGAAUUUAAAAUAUACAUAAUUUGGAGAAAACUGCUACAUGAAAAAAAAACUUCAAAAUUAAAAAACAAGGAUCUUCGAUUUUUAUAAGAAUAUGCGGUUCAAUUAUUGCUGUGUUUCAGUUAUAUAUUUUUGUUAAAAGGGAAGUUACCACGGAAAAUUGUCUUUCAAAUCAUAAAAUUGUAAACAUAUUUGGCAAACUAUUCGUUGGUUUUUUGGUGAAAAUAUUAAAACAUGCUGCUGACUUUUUCUUUCAUGCUUGGUGAAAUUUGGAGAAACAUCCUGCAUUAAACAAUAUAUACAUACGUGCAAAUAAUGCCUCACAAAAUUCAGAGAAAC